AUGGAGUUUGACUAUGAAAUAAGGCACAAACAAGGACGCCUACAUGUAGUUCCUGACACACUUUCAAGGAAUGCUUGUGAGGACUGUAAGCCAGAAGACGAAGACAAGACCAAUGAAAUACCCAUGUUAGCGCUGAAUUGGACAGAUCUACCCAAAUUACAGGAUGAGGACGAGGAGUGCAGAAGAAUCAAGGACACAAUGUUAAAACCGGAAGAGUCUACAGCGACAGAAAGAAGAAUGGCAAGGAGUUUUAUGCUGGAAGAUGGAGUGCUAUACAGACGUAAUGUUGCUCAUAUUGGAGAAAAGAAACUGCUAGUAGUACCUGAAAGCAUCAGAAGUGAAAUUUUGUAUGAAUGUCAUGACAGCCCUUUGGCAGGUGGACAUCUGGGUUUCACCAAGACGUUUCAUAAAUUGAAGUGCCGGUUCUAUUGGCCGAACAUGAUAAAGGAUACUGAGAACUACAACACAAGUCGUCAGGAAACCAUAAAACAUAGUCCUUACUAUAUGCUGUUUGGAAUGGAAGCUCGACUACCUGUUGAUGUAACUCUACGCAAAAAUGUAAGUAGUGACGUGAAGGCGGAGGAAGUUCUGCAAAAGAGUUCACCAGUGUCGCAGAGAUGUAAUAAAAAUAGUGGAAAGAAGUCAACAGAAACAGAAGGAUCGGUACGACCAGAAGCACCGUUUCGUAGAGUAUGA